AUGGAUUCUGAACAGACACCAGGCGUCUACCCCGGCUUAGGCCUGCCUAUUGAGUAUGACAACACAGACCGUCCUGACCGCAUAAGCCGUGGCGAUUACUACCCCAUAGGAGCUCGCGGUGAGGGAUCUGGCGCCGGCACCACGUAUGAUAUCCUGCCCGUCCGCGAGGUGGCCAUGAUGCUUGUCAUGGAUCGUCUCACCGACAAGCCCAAUUGGCAUAAAAAGAUCUUCGACGACGAGAUCACCGCCAAAUGGCGUGCAGAGGCUCUUGCGUGGCCCGACGACGAUCUCUGGAGUCGUGCCACACGUGGCAAGAGUUCUGGACGCUUUUGGGGACAGGAGGCAGGAGAUGAGACUGGGGAGCAGCGCGAGAUUGAGAAUAUCCUCAAUGACGAAUGCUUUGACUUUGUCCUAGGUGAGCUUCGUAAGAAGGCCGAAUACUUCGAGAAGACACGUCUUAUACCCACACUGGAUGUUGGACCGGCUGUCGUCAAGUCGGACACCCUUGUGCCCCCAGAUCUCCACGAGGAGAUCCGCAAGGCAUUUGAUACUCUGCGGCAAGACCAAUCAGCCAAUCCUGACUGGCAUCCCGGGACUAACGAACAAGUUCGCAACCUGAUCCACCCAUCUAUGUACCCACUCGUCUACAACGUUACCAAGGCCAUCCAGGACGAGGUCGUCGGCGUCGACGAUGCCAUCACAAAGUGGUCCGGCAAGGGUGAGAUUAUUACCGGCGAGAUAAAAGAAGAGGCGCCGCCCCAGUCCUACAGCAGUAUAAUGUAUGGCAAUCGCGGAGCUCGAGGUACCUGGUCUCACAGAUUCCAGUGGCUGCCUUCCAAUCUUCACUUCAACGAGGAUGGUAGUGUCAGAUUCACGAGCUAUAUCAAUGGGUUACACCCGGAAAAGUACACGCAGAUCUAUCGCACGCUGGAGAGACUUGUAGAUAAGGCGAUUCCCGCUUGGGACCAGUGCGUUUGUGAAGUCCAAGGUUAUGAAUUCCAAGCCAAGGGCCGAAGUGAAAGUCGGAUUGAGCUGGGGAAUUAUUGCGACACCGAAGAGAACAACUGGUCACCAAACGCUCCACCACCUGCGGAAUUCAUCGCCUCCUUCGACAAAACCCAAAUCGAAGACUUCGAGGAACUUCUCGAAGACGAGGACGAAGAACAAAUAGCCGAGGAAGUCUGGAAACACAUCCGCAAACCCGUGCAACCGGCCCCUAAACCCCAUGACUUCGACUCGAUCAACUACACCCCAGACCCCAGCACCACUCUCUUCGCCAAAUACCGCGCCACUGGGCUCCAAAUCAUCGUGAAAAUGGCAUCCAUUGAACUCUCCCCCGAAAACGACAGUAAAGCCGACUCCGCAGAGUUCCCGCUCGGCUCAUGGCACGUCGAGGGCCAAAUGAAUGAGCGCAUUGUCGGCACUGCGCUCUUCUACAGCGACUGUGAGAACAUUACCGACUCCAGCCUCGAGUUUCGUGCACAGACUGCAGGGACCUACCUUCAUGAUAGCAUGGAGAGCGUGGGGCAGGAUAGUUACCAUUGGAUGCAGAGCAUCUUUGGUACACAGUUGGGUAGUGGCAACGCGCCUGGCAUCCAGAACUGGGGGGAUGUGGAGACGAAGCAAGGAAGGUUGCUUGCUUUUCCUAAUAUUUUCCAACAUCGUGUCCGCCCGUUUCAGUUGAGAGACCCGACCAAGCCAGGUUAUAGACGAUUUGUUGCACUGUGGCUGGUGGACCCAUCAACACGCAUCAUAUCAACCGCCAACGUCCCUCCCCAGCGUCAAGACUGGUGGAUCGAGAGCAUUCUCGGACAGACCAUCAAACCCGGCGAACCCACCUCCCUCGACGCCCAAGAGCAAUCAUCAUCUCCGAAAGACGAAAUGGCGCCGGAAUCAACCACCACCGACCCCAACCUGCAAGCCGUCCACGACCUCGAAAUCAAAGCGCCGUUCCUGGCAAAGACCUUGCGCGAGAAACUCCCCGCCGAGCUGUUCUUCGAUGUCAGCAAGCGUUUGGCGGAUACGAAGUCACUGCCGAUGUCGGAGGAGGAAGCGAAGGGAUAUAGGUUGGAGUUGAUGAAGGCGAGGUCAAUGGCUAAGCAGGAGAUUGAGGAUACUUGGCAGAGCAAUACUUAUUCUUUUUGUGAGCAUUGA